AUAACGGGGGUCAGCUAUAAAAGAAACCUGUCCCAAGAUGGAGAGCCGCAUCUCAAUUUUACCCACCAAGACUACUGGCCAGUACCACUCCCUUAAGGGUACCGCUGUCGAAGCUAUUGGCAAUGCGACUGGUGCUACUUCUUGGCAACAAUCCGGUAAAGAGGAACAUGCCGCAGGAGAAACUGAGUACAACGCCGCUCGCGCUAAGGGUUACGCGGAAGGGACCGUAGACCGUCUCGAAGGCAAGAAGGACGCCAUUGUCGGUGCUAUCACUGGAGAUAAGGCCCAACAGACGCAAGG